AUGGCGCGGUGCGGGUGCGGGGCCCGGCUGUGCUGCUGCUGCUGCGGCGAGCGGGAGAGCCGCACCCCCGAGGAGCUGACAAUCCUUGGAGAAACUCAUGAAGAGGAGGAUGAGAUCCUUCCACGCAAAGACUAUGAGAGCUUGGAUUAUGAUCGCUGUAUCAAUGACCCAUACUUGGAAAUUUUGGAGAGCAUGGACAACAAGAAAGCCCAGAGAUAUGAAGCAGUGAAGUGGGUGCUGGUUUUUGCUAUUGGAGUCUGUACAGGACUGGUGGGCCUCUUUGUGGAUUUCUUCGUGCGGCUCUUUACCCAGCUCAAGUUUCAGGUGGUACAAAGCUCGGUGGAGGAAUGCACUGAGAAAGGCUGCCUUGCACUGUCCUUGUUGGAGCUGCUGGGGUUCAACUUGACCUUUGUUUUUCUUGCCAGUCUUCUGGUCCUGAUACAACCUGUAGCAGCUGGCUCAGGAAUUCCUGAAAUUAAGUGCUACCUCAAUGGAGUGAAGGUUCCAGGGGUUGUGCGUCUGCGGACAGUGGUGUGCAAAGCUACAGGAGUGCUCUUCAGUGUGGCAGGAGGUCUUUUUGUCGGGAAGGAGGGUCCGAUGAUUCACAGUGGUGCUGUCGUGGGUGCUGGCUUGCCACAGUUCCAGAGCAUUUCUUUGAGGAAGAUCCAGUUUAACUUUCCCUAUUUCCGCAGUGACAGGGAUAAAAGGGAUUUUGUAUCUGCUGGAGCAGCUGCAGGGGUUGCAGCUGCUUUUGGAGCCCCAAUUGGAGGCACUCUCUUUAGUUUGGAAGAAGGUUCCUCCUUCUGGAACCAGGGACUUACAUGGAAAGUGCUUUUCUGUUCCAUGGCUGCCACCUUCACCCUAAAUUUUUUCCGCUCUGGGAUUCAGUUUGGAAGCUGGGGGUCUUUCCAGCUCCCUGGGCUGCUGAACUUCGGGGAGUUUAAGUGCUCUGAGUCUGAUAAGAAAUGCCACCUCUGGACAGCUGUGGACUUGGGCUUCUUCAUUCUGAUGGGGAUUGUAGGAGGCCUUCUUGGAGCCACCUUUAACUGCCUGAACAAGAGACUUGCUAAGUACCGCAUGCGCAAUGUGAAUCCCAAGCCAAAGCUGGUCAGAGUCCUGGAGAGCUUGCUUGUGUCGUUGACCACCACCGUCGUGGUCUUCGUAGCCUCCAUGGUUCUGGGGGAAUGCCGGCAGAUGUCUUCCAGCAGGCGCAGUGGCAAUGACACCCUGAGCCUGCAGGAUGUAUCAGAGGAUGUAAAUUCAAGCAUCAAAACCUUUUUUUGCCCAAAUGAAACGUAUAAUGAUAUGGCCACGCUUUUCUUCAACCCUCAGGAGUCAGCUAUCCUGCAGCUCUUCCACCAGGAGGGUACUUUCAGCCCAGUCACCCUAUCCCUGUUCUUCCUUCUCUAUUUCUUACUCUCCUGCUGGACAUAUGGGAUCUCUGUGCCCAGUGGUCUGUUUGUACCAUCACUGCUUUGUGGGGCUGCCUUCGGACGCCUGGUCGCCAACCUCCUCAAAAGUUAUAUCGGCCUCGAUCACAUCUACUCAGGAACCUUUGCACUGAUCGGGGCAGCAGCGUUCCUGGGAGGAGUGGUCCGCAUGACCAUCAGCCUGACCGUCAUCCUCAUCGAGUCCACCAACGAGAUCACUUAUGGGCUCCCCAUAAUGAUCACCCUCAUGGUAGCCAAGUGGACAGGAGACUUUUUCAACAAAGGCAUCUAUGACAUCCACGUGAACUUGCGAGGAGUGCCUCUUCUGGAGUGGGAAACUGGGGUGGAAAUGGAUAAACUACGAGCCAGUGACAUCAUGGAACCCAACCUGACGUACGUGUACCCACACACCCGGAUCCAGUCCCUUGUCAGCAUCCUGCGCACAACUGUCCAUCAUGCCUUCCCUGUGGUGACAGAGAAUCGGGGCAAUGAGAGGGAGUUCAUGAAGGGAAAUCAACUGAUAAGUAACAACAUCAAAUUCAAGAAAUCCAGCAUUCUCACCCGAGCUGGAGAGCAGCGCAAGCGUAGCCAGUCCAUGAAGUCCUACCCUUCAAGUGAGCUGCGUAACAUGUGUGACGAGCACAUAGCAACAGAGGAGCCUCCCGAAAAGGAGGAUCUGCUGCAGCAGAUGCUGGAGAGAAGAUACACUCCUUACCCCAACCUGUACCCUGACCAGUCUCCCAGUGAGGAGUGGACCAUGGAGGAGCGCUUCAGACCCCUGACCUUCCAUGGCUUGAUCCUGCGCUCACAGCUGGUCACCCUUCUUGACCGUGGGGUUUGCUACUCCGAGAGCCAGUCGAGUGCAAGUCAGCCCCGUCUGUCCCAUGCAGAGAUGUCAGAGGAUUAUCCCCGCUACCCAGAUAUCCAUGAUCUGGACCUGACAUUGCUGAAUCCUCGUAUGAUAGUGGAUGUCACCCCAUACAUGAACCCAUCACCCUUUACUGUCUCCCCAAAUACUCAUGUGUCACAAGUCUUCAACCUGUUCAGGACAAUGGGACUCAGGCAUUUACCCGUUGUGAAUGCAGUUGGAGAGGUUGUUGGGAUAAUCACUCGGCACAACCUGACCCAUGAAUUCCUGCAGGCAAGACUGAGGCAGCACUAUCAGACCAUCUGAUGGCCCUGCCCUCUGUCACUGUGGCUUCCUCCCUCCUCCAAGCCUACACACAUGCUCGUGUUCUGCUGGGGCCACACAAGGCCCAGGUCCUGCCCUUCGGCUUCUCACAUGCAUAUCAAGCCUGGGGAACUGGAAAACAUCUUGCUAGCCAGAGAAUUAGAGGAGCUGCCUGAGCCCAGAGCUGUUGAUUAGCCUCAGGCACUUGGUUUGACAACUCUUGAUCCAGGUGUUUUCUUCCCCUGUCCCCGUUAUCUCCUUCCAUCAGAUGUUGUCCUGACACUGCGUGGUCUGCCAUUUUGAUUUGGGGUUUUCCAAAGAAUUGGAAAAAAGAACCAUUUCUCUCCACUGUGUCCUCGGCAAAGAACUGCAGCAUCUUUCCCUUCCUCCUGUAUGAUUCCCUUUUCCUCUUCCUCCCUUGUUCCUGCAACUAUUGCCUUAUUUGUGUGAGAAGAGAGUUGCUGAGAGGAGAUACUGAAGUUUGCAGAUAUCAAAUAGCUGCUCUGGAGGAUGGUUUCUUGCAAAACCAGUAUUAAAAAAUCCAGGAUUUUGGGAAUAUACCUGUCUUUGCAAGUGUUCCCCUUUGGCCAUGUUUUUUCACUCUGGCUUCUUUUGUUCUUAAUUUCUCUCCUUCUUUCAUGGGGAAAUGUUUCUGCUGUAAUGUUUUUGACAUCAGAUGACUUUUGAGAGCAGCUCAGCAGAUUUGGAAUUCAAAAUGGUUACAUUUCAGAUACUGUUUAGGUUUAUGAAUACUUAAUACAUUUGCACAGCAUCUCAGGGAAGGGAGACCUCUUUCCUCUUAGCUGUUGCUGUUUAUUUCCCUAUAAGAGACUCUUCAAAGAUACUUGGUGGCACUCCACUUUGACAUUCCUGCAUUUCUUUGCAAUUGUAGGCACUUUGUCCUUGCACUGCUCAAACAAUGAGAGCCUGGGGCACCUUUCCAGGUGGAGUCAGAGACCAGGGAUCUCCACAUCCUCAGAGCAUGGAGAAGUGUUGCUUUCUGGAGGCAAAUAGAACUGAUGGUCUGUGGGCUUGGUUGAAUUAUCUCUGUGUCAUGAGAGGAGCUGCUGUAGUUUCAGACUGCUAUGAGGAGGGAUACUUGGUGCUGCUGGCUAAGGCAGGAUCUCCUGCAGGUGAUAUGUGGGGCUCUCUGUGCUCUAAAAAUGCUUGGGAUAAUGUUUGCUACUGCAGCAAUCUGUAAGGGUAAAAUCAGCACUUAGGAGCCAGUUGCAGCCAGUUCAGUGCUUUAGCAAGUACCAUCCUGGCCAGCACCUGUAUUGUUCCAGCAGGCACCUGCCCUCCUGAGUUCUCUGUGCAGAUAACCCUCAGUGGGAAGCCAGUGCUGUGCCUCAGGGACUGCAGAGCUGAUUGCCUUGAUAAAGCACAGAGCAUUCUCUUAGCCAAGUUACAUGGGGAAUGUAUUCCAGAAAAGCUACACAGCCUCUGAGCCCUCCAGUUAACCUGUUGUCUGCCAUAAGGAGCUGGCUAGGUGGGAACUGGGACAGAAGAAAGGCAGAUUUUGUUGAUUUUCUGUCUUUCCUUAGAGCAUAGAAGUUGGCAUCAGCUACUGCUCUUGAUUUGCCAGUUCUUUCCCUGUAAGUAGAGUAAGGAUAUUUGUUCUGUCUGGAUAGUCUGUGCAGGUGUUGUCCAAAAUGCCUGUGUUCCCUGAGCUCUGGUUUUCCACUGAGCUAUCCCAGGAAACUUCCAGUGCCCGUUUGCACUCCCUGAAGCUGGACUCUAGGCUUGAAAUAUGCUUAUGUUAGGCUACCUUUCAUUCAAAGGAUCUGUGCUCCUGGGUAGUUACGAAUCACAGAAAUCCUGUUUUUGUGGGAUUUCAGAUCACUCAUGUGGAAUUGGCAAUCCUGUACUGUUAGAACACCUGUCAAGAAUGUCCUGUGUCUCCCCAUGACAAAUGUUUUUCCUCUUGCUCAUGUUGAAUGAGUGUGUGUGGAAGGGAAGGUUCCUUUUCCUCCUGCACAUGAAUUAGGGCUCCUUAGGUUGUUUGCCUUGAGCUGGUCCUGUUUUAUUUCUGUACACAAACAGCAGGGUAUUUUGCUGCAGGAUGUCUUUGUCAUUGCUGCUGAGGCUAGGGUUGGGCAAUCCAGACAAGUCAGGCUGGAGAAUCUUGUCAAGGUUUUUCUGGGCACAGGAUGCUUCCCUAUGAGAAGCACUUUGCCUUCAACCUGUUGGCAGCACUGUCUGCUCCGCCUGGGCAUCUUAUUCAAAUGUUUCAGCUAGAAAACACACUCUUUCAUUUUUUCAGUGAAGAAGUUUUCAGUGAGGAUGGUGGGGGACCCUGUCAGCUGCUUUAAAGGGAAAUCUCAGCAUGCAGUUACUGUUCUGUAGCCUGCAUAAAAGGAAUUACAAGUUCAGUUGACAUUUGGAGAUGCAGCAUUUCCCUUCUGAGGAGGACUGAUGCCAAGGGGCUUGUAUUGAAUCAGUCUUUUCUCACACUUUGGUUACUUAAUUCCUUUUUUACAACACACUUACUGCUUCUACCGUGGCUCUGGUUGCUAGGUGAUUUAGCAAGAAACUUAACUCUAACACUGGUGCCUGUAACAUUUUAACAGAGCAACACUAAGGGAAAAAUAACCCAGAUCUGGGUUGGUUCUGGUGGCAAGGUUAGGGGGUUAGUCUGGAUCCUUCUCCCUUGCCUAGUGGUUUCCUGUGCAGUGUUAAUUAUGCAGUUUUGAAUUAUUAAUUACUGUGAACAAUUCCAGUAGUAGCAACUUACCUUUCCAUUUGUUUUUUUUUUCUUUUUGCACUUUUGUUAUGAAAUGAUGUAAGCUAAUUCCAUGGUGUGUGAAUAUAAAUUGUAUUUUUUUUAAUUUGUAUGAGUAUAUUUUUAUUUGAACUAUGGCACUUGGGAAGUAUUCAUGUAGCUGUAACAUGUCUGAGAGUAAAAUAUUUGUGUGUCUCCUGCAGCACUUUCAAAGCCUUUUGAUGUUUCUAGUAUUGUUUUAUUUUUGCUCUUUGUGAUAAUAAAACUAGUAGAACAUGGCAACAUCCAAGAGCAUGAUUUGAGGUCGUUGAGUAGUUGCUAUUUAUGAGCUGUCUGGAUCUAACAGUUUGUACAGAAUAUGCUCUUAGGCUAGGCAGAGAGGAUUGGCUGUGGUCCAUUAGGUUGUGACCACUGUAGUUCCACAUUCUCACAGUAGCUGUUUCAAAGGAGGGAAUUGCCAUAUUUAAUAAGGAGCUAAAUUGUGCACAUUGUGCUACUUUUUUUACCUGAGCACUCACCUUCCUCCCAGUAAGUUAGUGAAUGAGUUUAGACUACAGUGUGGCACCUCUUGUUUUACAGUUGGCUUCUCCAGGGUGUGAAAGAUCUUAAUUUCAUCUUUAAUGUUUAUUUAGUUUAUGGCUAUCCUUUCUACUUUGUCCUGCUGUCUGCCUUACAGAAAAGAAUUUGUGACAAUUUUUGAGCUUUUAUCACAUGCUUACAGGUCAAAAAAUAUAAGUCCAGUCUUUGAGCACUGUAGAAAUACCUGACCCAAAAAGCUUGUUGCCCUUCCAUGUUUCUAUGCAUCAGGGGGCUGUGUAGUAGCUCUCUGAGGCACUCUAACACAGAGUUAGCCAGCAGCUUGUCUGGCUCCUUCCCUCUGGCUCUCCCUUGUUGGGUAUUAAAUGCCAGGAAAAGCCUGAGAUAGGUAAAACCAUCUCUUGGGAGGGAAUGGCAGAAAAUUGAUAUGAGGAGCUAAAGAAGUGCCACGGAAGUCCUAACUAAGCAAGGAAUAGGAAGGAUCCCCUAGCAGGGGUGGGAAGGAGUCAUCAGGAAAAAAGGGCUGGGUGAACUCUGCUUCAGCUCUGUGCUGCCUUUGGUUGUAAAUGCAGGAAGUUAGGAGGGAAUAGGAGAGGUUUAUAGACUUUUAGAAUCCUAUAAACUCUUGGGUUUAUAGACUCCUUGAAUCCAACCAUGUGUCACUACUCUGUAACGACACACUGGGGCUCUAGCAGAAAAUAAGUAAGUGGUGUUCAGUGAAAUUAUUAUUAUUUUGUUUAUAUUUGCUUUGCUAGCAGGAUACAAGCUGCCUCUUCAGUGUGUGUGCAUUCCCAGUUGUGGAUCAUGCAGCAUGCACUGGAGGGAACAGAGGAUGGCUGCCCAGAGCUUUGGCUGUUGAAGGGGUCUGAGGAGAGAGUGAAGCUGUUCUUCUUGUCCAGGGUGCUGAAGGGCUUUUCAGUGGCAGUGGGAUACAUUCAGUCUCCUCUGCAUCCACUGUUCAAAUGCAGUGUCUGUGAAGGCUUACUGGGAGUUGGGAUGAGACAUCAGUGAGCUCCACUGCUGUCUGGGAAGGGAGUGGAGUCAGUCAGAUGAGGUUUGGACUUUGA